AUGAAUAAAUUCAAAAAAGCUCUAACAAUUCUCGUAUCAAUUAUUUUAAAAUUUUCAGAAGGUAUUAUUUUAUCUGGAUAAUUUCUAGGAUAUACUCUAGAAAAACUUACCAGAUUUGAAGAAACAUUGGAUAAUUAGGAUUCAGUUAUUUUGAACAAUUUAUAAGAUUCAAGGUAUUGUUUUUACAAAGGUAUGGUUAGAAUGAACAAUUUCAUAGCUAUUACACUAGAUAAAGCAAUCAAAUUCGAAGAAGAUUUGGAAAAUUAUGAAUCAGCUAUCUAGAGAAACCCUAAGUUUACUGACUAUUACUUUAAAAAAGGUAUAAUUAACUCAUUGGAUGAUUUCUUAGCUGAUACUUUAAAAAAAAUGAAUAGAUUUGAGGAAGCAUUAGAAAAUUAUGAUUUAGUUAUAUAGAAAAAUUCUUAGAAUUCUAUGUAUUAUUUCAACAAAGCUAUUACACUACAGAAAAUGAGCAGGUUAGAAGAAGCUUUGGAAAAUUAUGAUAAGGCUAUUUAGUAAAAUCCAGAAGAUUCAAGAUAUUAUUAUAACAAAGCUACGACACUAAAUAAUAUGAACAGAUUUGAAGAAGCUUUGGAAAAUUAUGAUUCAGCUAUUUAGAAAAACCCAGAAGAUUCAAGGUAUUAUUUUAACAAAGCUAUUACGCUAAAUACAAUGAAUAGAUUAGAAAAAGCUUUAGAAAAUUAUGAUUCAGCUAUUUAGAAAAACCCAGAAGAUUCAAGGUAUUAUUUUAACAAAGCUAUUACGCUAAAUAAAAUGAACAGAUAUGAAGAAGCUUUAAAAAAUUAUGAUUAAGCGAUUUAGAAAGAUCCAGAAAAUUCAUACUAUUAUAAUGGCAAAGCUGAUACUCUAUAAAAAAUGAAUAGUUUAGAUGAGGCUUUAGAAAACUAUGAUUUAGCUAUAUAGAAAAAUCCAGAAAAUUCAUACUAUUAUAAUGGCAAAGCUGAUACUCUACAAAAAAUGAACAGAUUUGAAGAGGCUUUGGAAAAUUAUGAUUCAGCUAUUUAGAAAAAUCCAGAAAAUUCAGACUAUUAUAAUGGCAAAGCUGAUACUCUACAAAAAAUGAACAGAUUUGAAGAGGCUUUGGAAAAUUAUGAUUCAGCUAUUUAGAAAAAUCCAGAAGAUUCAAGAUAUUAUUUUAACAAGGCUAUUACACUAAAUAAUAUGAACAGAUUUGAAGAAGCUGUAGAAAAUUAUGAUUCAGCUAUUUAGAAAAAUCCAGAAGAUUCAAGAUAUUAUUUUAACAAGGCUAUUACACUAAAUAAUAUGAACAGAUUUGAAGAGGCUUUAAAUAACUAUGAUUCAGCUACUUAGAAAAACCCAGAAAAUUCAGACUAUUAUUUUGGCAAAGCCAUUUCUUUAAUGAAUAUGAAAAGAUUUGUAGAGGCAUUAGAAUACUAUGAUUUAGCUAUUUAAAAAAACUUUAUCAAUGCAGAUUAUUAUAUUGGCAAAGCAAUUACUUUAAUGAAUAUGAAUAGAUUAGAAUAAGCUAUGGAGUAUUACGAAUCAGCCAUUUAAAAAAAUCCAGAAAAUGCAGAUUGUUAUAAUGGUAAAGGUAAAAUGUAAAUUACUAAUUUGAAGCAAUUACUUUAGGUUAAAUGA